AGGGCUGGCACUGGAGACUCGGAAGGGAUUCAGGGUUUCCAGGGUUGAAGAAAGAAUCCUGCCUUCACACCACCCUGCCUUGGAGCAUCUGUGGAACCUUCAGGAACCAGGGGUGCUGUUGGGAACACAGAGGAAGUGACUGACUGGGGGUUCAGGGAAGGCUCCGUAGAAGAGGGAACACUUGAGCUGGGUCUUGAAGGAUGAGUAGAAGUUCACCAAGUGGGAAAGGACCCUCUAGGAUGGCUGAGCCUCGCUUUAACAACCCCUACUUCUGGCCCCCUCCUCCCACCAUGCCCAGCCAGCUGGACAACCUGGUUCUGAUUAACAAGAUUAAGGAACAGCUGAUGGCAGAGAAGAUCCGGCCACCCCACCUGCCGCCCACGUCAGCCUCAUCCCAGCAGCCUUUGCUAGUGCCACCAGCGCCUGCUGAGAGCAGCCAGGCUGUUAUGUCACUGCCCAAGCUGCAGCAGGUGCCUGGGCUGCACCCGCAGUCAGUACCACAGCCCGACGUGGCACUACAUGCGCGGCCAGCCACUAGCACUGUCACAGGUCUGGGACUCUCCUCCCGGACCCCGGCUGUGAGUACAUCCGAGUCGAGCACCGGCAAUGGCACAGGCACCGGCACCGGCACGGGUACCAGCACCCCGUCCACACCCACCACCACCAGCCAGAGCCGCCUCAUCGCCUCAUCCCCCACCCUCAUCUCAGGGAUCACCAGCCCCCCCCUCCUGGACUCCAUCAAGACAAUCCAGGGCCAUGGCUUGCUUGGCCCCCCGAAGUCUGAACGCGGCCGCAAAAAGAUCAAGGCGGAGAACCCGGGGGGUCCCCCUGUCCUUGUUGUCCCCUACCCCAUCCUGGCCUCAGGAGAGACCGCCAAGGAGGGCAAGACAUACAGGUGUAAGGUGUGUCCGCUGACCUUUUUCACCAAGUCUGAGAUGCAAAUCCACUCCAAGUCGCACACAGAGGCCAAGCCCCACAAGUGCCCGCACUGCUCCAAGUCUUUUGCCAACGCUUCCUACCUGGCCCAGCACCUGCGCAUCCACCUGGGCGUCAAACCCUACCACUGCUCCUACUGUGACAAGUCCUUCCGACAGCUCUCCCACCUCCAGCAGCACACCAGAAUCCACACAGGAGACAGACCCUACAAGUGCCCACAUCCUGGCUGCGAAAAGGCUUUCACUCAGCUCUCCAACCUCCAGUCUCACCAGCGCCAGCACAACAAGGACAAGCCCUACAAGUGUCCCAACUGCUACCGGGCCUACUCAGACUCAGCUUCCCUGCAGAUCCACCUCUCAGCCCAUGCCAUCAAGCACGCCAAGGCCUACUGCUGCAGCAUGUGUGGGCGGGCGUACACCUCGGAGACCUACCUGAUGAAGCACAUGUCCAAACACACGGUGGUGGAGCACUUGGUGAGCCAUCAUUCACCCCAGAGGACGGAGUCCCCCGGUAUCCCGGUGCGAAUCUCCCUCAUCUGAGCCACUGUUGGCACCGCCCAGCCCGGCACUGCCCGGCCCACUGGCAGACACAGACCCAGGCAGCACCAGGCCCUGACUUCCACAGGGGCCCACUAGGAACUGCCCAGCUCUCUUGCGACCUUCCCAACCCGCCGAAGGCUUGGUCUGCAGAAUUCCUGCGUGGUCCAGCUCCCGGGCAGCCAGGCCAACUGCAAGACUCUGGACUGUUUUGGUGGCAUCCAAAGAGGAUCUCAGAGCACUUUGAACCUGUCUGUUGGUUUCUUUUUGUUUCCCCACCCUUCACUUGCUUCACUGUUUUUUUUUUAAGGUUUUUUUUUUAAUAACAAAAAAAAGAUAUUUAUUGGCCAGGACGUUGGUGCUGCUAAGACCUAGAAAUUAAAUGAAUCGGACAGACGGAUGCAGAGAACCAGAGGGCAGCGUGGAACCUUCUCUGGCCAUGGCCUCGGGCCUAGAGAAGAGGCUCAGGCCUGGGGUUCUGGACUUUAAAGGGGACCACCCAGGUGGGAGGGGGCAGGAGGCGGCUGGAGUGAGCCCUUCAGCCCUGGGUCCCCAGUUUGAAUCUUCCGAAGCUAUGCCUGGGCUUCACGGAGCAGAAGAUAUGGCUGCUGCCAGGGCUGCCCAGGCUGCAGGAGGUGGAGAGAGGAGAGGAGAGGGGCCAGGAGAUCUGCAGGACCAAAGGGUGCAGUGAUGGGCAGGUGGCGGGCCCAGGGAAAUGGGGUAGUGGCCUGUAAGACCUGGCCCUCCCCUGCUGCCCUGAAGAUCACCCCAGUCUACCUCGGUGCUGGCCAGGAAACCAAUCGGCUACCUCUCCCGCCACCCCAGACUGUGGGCAGGGGCAUGGGGAGGAACUGGAGCUUGGGACUUGACCCCCUUCCAGAAUUUCCUCCAGAUGGGGACAGGGCCCAGGGAAGGGGGUGUGGGAGGGGGAUCCCAGCCCAGGCCCAAGCCCCUCAGCAGGGAAGGGGUCUUUGGAGAGGGUUCCAGCCCAGGAGCAGACCCUGCCCCGCACCCCCCACAGACACACCCCAAUCUGAAAGCCAUGCGUGUCCGUGUAUAUAGGAACCAUGUACAGAGCCCGGAGAAGCCCCUCCAUAUCCCCCCGGGAAAAAAAAAAAAGAAAGCUAGACAGAAACUCAUCUAUAUAUUCUGUAUCUGGAGUUCCGUUUUGAAUAUUAACCGUGUUAUUUUUAUACACUUUUUAAGCCUUAACUCGCCAUUGAUUCACCAGUUUAACGCUUCCUGGGGUUUCUUUUCCGAGGGGGUCUCUCCUCUGCCCCCCCACCCCUGUCCCUUUGUUUGACUUACGUCGUCUGAUAGUCAGUAUUGUAGCUUUUUGUCCGCAUGUUACUACCCUGUAAAUAUGCUGUUAUAAUACUGUUAACACCCCUUUGCUUUUUUUCUAUGGGACCUCCAGGCCACCGUAUUUAGAACUAGAUACCUUAUUAAAAAAGAGAAAACCAUUUGCUGGCUACUCGGUUUGCAUCUUGGUGGCAGGGAGGCAAGGCCAGGUGCCCCUCAGACACUUCAGGAGAGAUGUUUGCAUUCUAUUUAAAAAUGGGAGUGGGGAGCCAGACAAAACUCAAAUGUGGGGGAAGAAGACUAGGGGACAAGAAACAAGGAUUCCAGCCCUCUGCUCUUUGUAUUCUCUGUUGUGAAGAAUAAACUGUACCUGCACCUGG